UCUGUCAUUCUAGCAUACUUCAAAUUUUGCAAACCCGUCUACGAAAUUUUUUGUUUUGUUCUUCUGAAGCAGAUUGAGCCUCCCUCUGGUGACAGAAGGGCAACCAUCAUUGGUAAUUUUUCUUUUGGUUUCCACUUUUAUAUUGGGACGACGUGACAUUUAUUUGCUGAUAUCAUACACAACGGAUGCUUUAUCCGCAGCAACUCCAAAGCCCCCCGGUAAAGAAGGCACAAAAUAGAGAAGGGUAAACCCGCCAUGGUCCAAUCACCUUCCCACCAACAAUGCAUUCUCGGCUGAGAGUUUUUCUUGCACGAGCCGCCAGAAAAUCUGCGGGUCUUUCUUCCCCUUCAUUUUCGCCGAAUCCAAGAGUUCUAUCAAAUGGAGAGUAUACUGGUUUUGCCAAUGUUGCUGUAAGUUCUCGUCGGCUCCAGUCGCAGAUUUUGACUUAUUACUCUGUUGUAGUUCGACGUGGCUUCUCUGGCUACGCUGUCGAGCAGUUCUCCGACGAUGAAUAUGAAUGCGACUACGAAAACCAUCCGGUCUCAUCAUCAGUGGCGAAUAUUGAUGAAUGGAAAUGGAAACUUAGCAUGUUGGUACGAAGUGAUAAGGAUCAAGAAAUAGUGUCCAAAGAUAAAAGGGACCGGAGGGACUUCGAACAAAUAUCUAGCCUUGCCAAACGAAUGGGGCUUUACUGUGAAAUAUACGGGAAAGUGGUAGUUGCCAGCAAGGUUCCUCUUCCCAACUACAGGCCAGAUCUGGAUGAUAAGAGGCCUCAAAGGGAGGUUGUCAUCCCCUUGAGCUUGCAAAGAAGGGUGGAAGGUUUGCUCCAAGAACAUCUUGACAGAAGAAUUGUGAACUCUGAUGAAGUGGGUGACACUUCAGAUAAAAUGAAGGUCAAUCAGGAUUCUUUCCUUGAUGGUUCUGUUAUGGAGAGAGUUCUACAGCGGCGCAGCUUGCGCAUGCGAAAUAUGCAGAGAGCUUGGCAGGAAUCACCUGAAGGUAGGAGAAUGCUGGACUUCAGGAAGUCUCUCCCUGCGUUCAUGGAGAAGGAAAGGCUCCUUCAAGCAAUUGCGAGGAAUCAGGUUGUGGUGAUUUCUGGGGAGACUGGAUGUGGUAAAACCACUCAACUUCCUCAAUAUAUUUUGGAGUCUGAAAUAGAGUCCGGUCGGGGAGCAUUUUGUAGCAUUAUCUGUACACAACCUCGAAGAAUAUCAGCCAUGGCUGUUGCAGAAAGAGUUUCUGCUGAGAGGGGAGAGCCUCUUGGGGAAUCAGUUGGAUUUAAAGUAAGAUUGGAGGGAAUGAAAAGCAAGAACACACAUUUGCUCUUUUGUACCAGUGGAAUUCUGCUCCGUAGGCUCUUGAGUGAUAGAAACCUUGAUGGCGUAACUCAUGUUUUUGUUGAUGAAAUUCAUGAGCGAGGCAUGAAUGAAGACUUCUUGUUGAUUGUCUUGAAGGAUCUUCUUCCACGGCGGCGCGAUUUGAGAUUGAUCUUGAUGAGUGCAACUCUGAAUGCUGAUCUAUUUUCGAGUUAUUUUGGUGAAGCACCAAUGAUUCACAUUCCUGGUUUCACCUAUCCUGUAAGAGCUCAUUUUCUGGAAGAUAUACUGGAAAUGACUGGGUAUAAGCUGACUUCAUUCAACCAAGUAGACGAUUAUGGCCAAGAGAAGAUGUGGAAGACUCAAAGACAACUAGCUCCAAGGAAAAGGAAAAAUCAAAUCACUAAUCUUGUUGAGGAAGCGCUGAGUAAAUCAAAUUUUGAGAAUUAUAGCUCCAGGGUACACGAGUCCUUGUCGUGCUGGACACCAGAUUGUGUUGGAUUUAACCUUAUUGAAGCUGUACUGUGUCACAUAUGUCGCAAGGAGCGCCCUGGUGCUGUGUUAGUAUUUAUGACAGGGUGGGAGGAUAUUAGCUGUUUGAGGGAUCAAAUAAAAGCUCACCCUCUCUUAGGAGACCCCAAUAGAGUCCUUUUGCUUACAUGCCAUGGUUCAAUGGCAACCUCCGAACAGAAACUCAUAUUUGAGAAGCCACCUCCUAAUGUUCGCAAAAUAAUACUAGCCACAAAUAUGGCCGAGGCAAGUAUUACAAUUAAUGACAUAGUUUUUGUUGUUGACUGUGGAAAAGCGAAGGAGACCACUUAUGAUGCCCUUAAUAACACACCAUGUUUGUUGCCUUCAUGGAUCUCCCAAGCUUCUGCUCGGCAAAGAAGGGGCAGGGCUGGUCGUGUGCAGCCAGGCGAGUGCUACCACCUAUAUCCACGAUGUGUUUUUGAAGCUUUUGCUGAAUAUCAACUUCCUGAACUUUUAAGAACCCCCUUGAACUCUCUCUGCUUGCAAAUUAAAAGUUUAGAAGUUGAAAGUAUUGGAGAUUUUCUGUCUGCUGCUCUUCAGCCGCCUGAACCAUUGGCUGUGCAAAAUGCUGUUGAUUUUUUGAAGAUGAUUGAUGCAUUAGAUGAAAAUGAGAACCUAACACAUCUUGGUAAGUUCUUGACAGUGCUUCCAGUUGAUCCUAAGCUGGGGAAAAUGCUAAUUAUGGGUGCUAUUAUGCGCUGCUUUGACCCUAUUUUGACUAUUGUAUCUGGCCUCAGUGUUAGGGAUCCUUUUCUUUUGCCUCAAGAUAAGAAGGAUUUAGCUGGGACCGCCAAGUCCAGAUUCUCAGCAAAGGACUAUAGUGAUCAUAUGGCUCUUGUUCGCGCAUAUGAAGGAUGGAAGGAUGCAGACAGAGAAGGAUCUGCAUACGAGUAUUGCUGGAGAAACUUCCUCUCUGUCCAAACACUUCAAGCUAUCCAUUCCCUUCGUAAGCAGUUUACCUACAUUUUGAAAGAUGCUGGGUUGCUAGACACAGAUGGAGCAACUAGUAACAGAUUAAGUCACAACCAAUCGUUGGUUCGUGCUGUUAUUUGUUCUGGCCUAUUUCCUGGUAUUGCAUCUGUAGUGCACAGAGAAACGUCAAUGUCUUUCAAAACAAUGGAUGAUGGGCAGGUGUUACUCUAUGCGAAUUCUGUGAAUGCACGUUACCAAACAAUACAAUACCCAUGGUUGGUGUUUGGUGAGAAGGUGAAAGUCAAUACUGUAUUCAUACGUGAUUCAACUGGAGUAUCUGAUUCCAUUUUGAUCCUGUUUGGUGGUAAACUUUACCAUGGUGUUACGCCAGGAAAUCUUAAAAUGUUGGAAGGAUAUAUCGACUUCUUCAUGGAUCCAAGUUUAGCAGAGUGUUAUGUGACGCUAAAGGAGGAGCUUGAUAAGCUUAUACAGAAGAAGCUUCAAGAUCCCGACCUGGACAUCGACAAGGACGGCAAGUAUCUGAUGCAUGCUGUACAGGAGUUGGUAUCGGGUGAUCAAUGUGAAGGGAGGUUUGUUUUUGGUCGUGAAAGCAAGAGACCAAGAGAGUCCUGUGAUAAAGAUAGGUUUACCAAAGAUGGAACAAAUCCCAAGAGUUUGCUGCAGACACUGUUGAUGAGAGCUGGUCACUCACCUCCCAAAUAUAAAACAAAACAUCUUAAGACAAAUGAAUUCAGAGCAUUGGUGGAAUUCAAAGGGAUGCAGUUUGUGGGGAAACCAAAGAAAAAUAAGGCCCUAGCAGAGAAAGAUGCAGCUAUAGAAGCGUUAGCAUGGUUAACUCACACAUCUGAUAAUAAUCAUAACGAAGAUCAUAAUUCUCCACCAGAUGUCACGGACAACAUGCUGAAACUUCUUGGCAGGCGGAGGAGAUCAAAACGGCAUUCACAUUAAAGUAGUGGACUCAGGACAGAUUAUCUGCCAGCUGAAGUCACUUAGUUCACAUCAGGCAGUUGCUUGAUCAGAUUUUGAUAAAGUUAAGGAUAGAGCUCAUUUGUCCACUUCUUCGAUACAAUGUGAGAUCUUGAAGUCUAAUAUCUAUUGUCCAGUCUUCUGGUGAAGGAGGCUUGGAACUCAUUUUCUCAGAUGUUCACGGAAGCGCGCCAUGAUUGCCUGUUGGUGCAAAUGUUCUCAUGCCGUUUUCUUUGUAAAUAUUCUCUCCACAAAUAUAGUGUUCAAAACUGUCUGUACAGCAACCUUAUGCUGCUUGGAUGGAUCGCACCCCAUAGGUGACCCGUGAGUUUUGGCACUACUAUUUCUAUUUGUUGGGAAUUAUAGAAAAAAAAUAAAAUAUUAAUUUAUUAUGA